GGAAAGUUGUCACCAGUGAAACUCAAAUUUAUGCUUUUAAGAUGUGCGGAGGUUUUACUUGUUCUAAAAAUGCCCUUAUUGCGCUCAACGUCCUAUACAUUGUUGUCGCGUGUAUAUUGAUAGGGGUUGCUGUUUAUGGCCGAGAAGCUACUAUUUUAGAUACAGAUUUACCGAUUGUCGGAGGUAUUUUAGCAUGUGGAAUAAUAUUAAUGUUAAUAUCGGUCCUAGGGUUGCUUGGUGCAGUCAAACAUCAUCAGUACAUGGUAAUCCUCUUUUUGUUGUUCCUUAUCCAGUUUUCAGUUGCUUGUGCAUGUCUUGGUGUAAAUAAUGAACAACAAACCAGGUUAGCAGAAGAAGGUUGGAAAAGGGUAAACAAUAAUACCAGAAGUAAUGUACAGAAAGUAUUCAGUUGUUGUGGAUUUGAUGACAAAGUUGAUCUUCAUUACCCACCACCAGAUUUUCAAGCUAUUAAGGAUAGAGUUUGUCCAGAUCCAGCCAUAACGGAAUGUCAGUGUUCUAAGUGUGUUGAAAAAGUACAGAACACUAUAAACUAUGCAUUUAAGCUAUGUGGAUGGAUAGGUUUGUUCUUCAGUUUCUCUGAGUUUAUGGGAGUGCUACUAACUGUACGUUAUCGUAAUCAGAAAGAUCCUCGAGCUAAUCCCAGUGCUUUUCUCUAGUGCAACAACUCAAUGCAAAUGGUUAGUAGGUCUCGCAUGGACAAGGCGCUACCGUAAUUUGCACGAUCCGGACGACCUGAGGGCAACAGCAGUUUUUCCAAGACACAACUUUACAUAUUGAAUCUAGUCAUUAUUCCUACAAUUUUAGUCAUUCUUCUAUAGCCAUAUAUACCAAAGAUUUAUUUUCUUUUUCUUUUCUAUAUAUGUGUAUUUAUAUUGUAUGUAAUAUAUAUUUAUAUGUGAAAUCUCAGAAGUUUUCUAGCGGUAGUGGAAUUGAAAGGUAGGAAUGGUAAUACGAGGUUUUCCUUUUUCUCUACAAACUAUUUUAUAAGUAUAAGUGUGGCAAUAUAAUAAAAUAAAAAGUGUUUGCGUUCAGCUGUUAAUCUGUCAUUUAAUCAUGAAAUUCUUCGAAGGGAAAGUCGACUUUCUUAAUUAUUUUUAUUUAUGUUUUUAAUUACAUCAAUUAACAAUGAUUUAUUGGCAUAUUUCUAUUAUUUCC